GAAUGGUACAACGUGUACGAGCAGUAUCGGCGCACUAACUGUGUGGUCUCAGACCUGAUCAUGGGGAAUGAGUACGUGUUUCGUGUGUAUGCCAUGAAUAUGGUGGGUCUGAGUCCAGAGCCUUGCCUCUCCAAAGACAGCGCCUACAUCCAGAAAACAGGCAUUGUGUACAAGCCUCCUUCCUACAAAGAGCAUGAUUUCUCUGAGGCCCCCAAGUUCACACAUCCUCUUGUGAGUCGCUCAGUUAUUGCUGGAUACAAUGCUACACUCAGCUGCUCCGUAAGAGGCAUCCCAAAG